GUACCAAAAAAAAACAAUUCCCCCUUUAAUAUCUCUCUCUCUCUCUCUCUCUCUACGCACAAACAAAACCUCACUUCAAAAAAAAACUACGCAUCGAUCUAUCGAUUCAUACCUUUUUCCAUUUCCUCGCAACUUCAAUUGUCAAAACCGCUACUAUUUAAUUCUCUAUCACCAUUUUUUUGGCGUCGAAUAACAAAAAAUUGAGGUUGUUAGGGUUUUUGAUUUUCUGCAACCCUUUCACCUUUCUUCCUCCGCUAAUCGUACACAUUUUCCCUUUCUUCGAAAUUAGGGUUCAUAGAUUUGGGGCUAAUUUUUAUUGUUUGUUUUGAAUAACUAACUAAAUUGUUGAAGAUGUAUGCUGAUCGGGUGGAAAGUGGAGCGAGAAGGUCUGUCAAGGAACGUCUUGAUGGUAGCAUCAGUGUUUCUACUCGGCAGCAACGCCAAGUUACUGGCAAGAGGUCGAGGCAAGAUGACAAGUGGGAACAUGAUCUAUAUGAUGAUGAAGAAAAACCCCAGAUCACUAAUCGCAAAGUUGCUGGUCAAGAUCUUCGUCAUAAGCUUCAAAAGAAAGGUCUUCAACCUGCAACUCGGAGUGGAAAAAGCUCUAAUCCAAACAUCCGGGAUCUUCGCGAAAGGCUAUCAGGGACAAUGAAUCAACAACCUAAAAACUCUGAUCCACCAAAGUCGAAAGUGAUUGCUAAACCGAGCAGUAAAAGUGUUGGUGCCGAGGCUCCUGCAGUAAAAAAACCAGCUAAACCAGCUCCUAAAAAGGCACGGAAGGCUGAUAAUACUACAGUGGAUGAUUUUUUGCUGUCCUUGGGUCUCGAGAAGUAUCUCAUAACUUUUCAAGCUGAAGAAGUUGAUAUGGCAGCUCUCAAACAUAUGACUGAUGAGGACCUCAAGGUUAUGGGUAUACCAAUGGGGCCAAGAAAGAAGAUACUUUUAGCGUUGGAGUCAAAGGUCUAACACUGGGUGUUGGAAUUGGUGUUGUUAGCUGGAUGAACAUCAACCUGCUGCUUGCAGACAACGGGGGGAAGAUGGAUUAGCAUCUCAAAACAAAGUGUAUUAGCGUGUCUCUGACUAUUUUCAUUUUUCUUGUUUUCCUUCCCCUAUUUUUUAGUCAUGAAUCAGGUUAGUUUUGUAGUUUAUUUGGCAAAACCCUUCAAUCUCCUAGAUCUCUUUAUUGUACUUAGUAAUUAAUGAAUUUCAGAAGAGUUUGCCUUUUGAAUUUGUCUGAGGUUUAAACACUUGAAUGGAAUCUGAAAUUUCCCAAUUUUGCAUAA